AUGCCCCUAUUUCGAGAUCCAGAUCGGCGGCGUUACUAUCUACGGUCACCCGACCAUGAUGAUCGUGAACAGCUGACAAGGUCCUCGGAGCCGCAGCUAAAUGAUUCCAAUCACCGUGAAAUAGCUGCACCAGAUAUGGCAACCGACUCUAUGCAUUCAACGGCGUUGAAUCCGCCCAGGUCGUGGGCAAAUGAUCGGGAGGAGCUCAUACACCGUAUCAAAGAAUCUUCACCUUGGAGACUUCAACACACGUCCCCGGAUAGGGAAAACAAUGAACUUUCAAUCAUCCAAACCUCAUGGGAGCAGUCGCAAAUAGCAGGAAGAGAGCACGAAGACCGCUCCCUUAGCCAAGAACGCCACAUCACCGCGACUGAGGAACUGGAAUCGCCGGCCGAUAUCCAGAGGCCUCGAUCAGCGUUACACUCGGGUGAUUUCAGAGAAGGAGCCACAGAUGGAGCCGCAGAUCCCCAUGACUCACACUCUCCUCGAUCUUCUUUCACUGAGCGGAGUUCAACUUCUCCUCUUGUUGAUUUAAGAUCUUCCCACACUAUUCCCUGGCUCGGAGCACCUGCCUUGCCACCCGAUUUACGGAAGACCAGUACAUCGAAUGAAAAUCGUCAGCCCAAUGUUAUCGUGGAUGAUCGUGCUCGUGCACCGUCGGUGGGCUCAUUUUCAUCAAGUUAUGUUCUGAAAGCUCCUACCAGUCCUCUGGUAUACCAAGCAAAUAACACCGACUUGGACUUCUCUCCUCGUGUUGAGCAUGUGGACGUGGAGAGAGCAAACCGUCGCCGUACUUUGCCACCAGAUAUUUUCGGGAAUCUACAAUUCUCUCCGCCAGGCGAUAAAAUUCCCAAUAUUAGUAGCCCAUCUCCGCCCGGGCGGCGGCAAGAUAUCUUUACCAACCAGACGCCUUUGCCUCGCCGCUCGUUGACUUCAGCAUAUAGUCUUCAACUCGCACCGUCCCCGGGGGGUCAGAUCCCACCAUCGCGAGUAAGAAGGCCGUCUUUUGCCUCUGACAUAUCGUAUAAACCCCACGCACCGAUGGUGGGGUCUUACGAGGAGUCGAUACUGUGCGGGAGAAUGUCAAUGAAUCCUUCCAAGCCGCUGGAUUUCAUGGCUCAGAUCGGUGUACUGGGCAAGGGGAAAUGUAAAGGCCAUCUCAAAUGUCCGCCACAUGUUACAGUGCCAUUCCCGGCCGUUUUCUACAGCUAUCCGACCUCGGGCUGCGGCCGCUCGAUUUCAGACGACAAUCCAAGCCCCUAUGUGGGAGUAAUUGACCUGGAAAACUCCCUCCCGAAAGAGAAUCCUAGUCCGCCUCGACGUCACAAGCGACAUUCAAGUCCCACGGGCGAGGGUAGUCCCACAGCAGAAGGAGAAAACGAUAGUCGUACAUCUGAUGCCGGAUCACGACGCCUCCAGGAAAAGAAGAAUCGCAAGUCAGAAUCGCUUAAAUCUCCCCCGGGGGGCUCUUACCGGAUUCCGCAACAGGGUCAAUUACAAAUCAUAAUCAAGAAUCCGCACAAAACUGCGGUCAAGCUUUUCCUAAUCCCAUACGACCUCAGUGAUAUGGAACCUGGCACAAAAACCUGCAUUCGGCAACGGAGCUAUUCGGCAGGUCCGAUCAUCGAUAUGCCGCUCAGUGCACGGAAGAAUUUUGGGACAGAUCGCCCUGAAGCUUCUUUGAAUCCCACGGAAGACCCGAACGAUAAACCCACUUUGAGAUACCUCAUUCAUUUCAACAUCUGUUGUCCGUCACGCGGUCGCUUUUAUCUAUAUUCGACUAUCCGCGUUGUGUUUGCGAACCGUGUCCCAGAUGGCAAGGAGAAACUACGGAAUGAUGUCAAAUAUCCUGAGCCUCGGUACACCCGGUACAAGCCAUCCCGAGAGCCUUCCACCUCCAGCACUGAGGGCGUAAAUACGCGCCUAGGAAUUGGACAAACUUCCCGCAGGCUGGGUGUGGAGCAGGGAGCGAUCCCUCACCUCCGUCCACAUAUGUCGUCUCCCGGCCAGUUCCCCUCGCAGUUAGGUGUGCGAAGUUCCUUGGAUGCUCCAGGCGGCCCUGAAAGUACUCCUUCCUCGCAUAGUGCGUCUCAGUACAACAAGCUCGCCAAGGACAACGAGGAUUCCAGACGUUAUCCUUUCAUCUCGAAUCCAAGCAGUUCAGAACCUAGGGAAAGCCUACUUGCUAAGAGACUCCGAGGUCUCGAUGUGCACAGGGCGGAGACCUCAGUCGAUGAACGGCAUCCACGCAAAUUAGGCUUCUAUGAUCAAUCAUCGCCCACCCACGACUACCAUCCUCGCUAA